AUGUCUAUUCUGACUCCUCUAGUGAAAUUGGCCGAUGCUCUGAAUCAGCUCAAUGCCAAAUAUACAGCAUUGACCUUCCAAGAACAAAAAGCGUUGACGAUCACUGAAAGAAUCCGGUUUUACAAUUGGACAUUUGAAUUCUGGGCCAUUGGUUGCGUGGGGCUCAUCUACUUGUUCCACGUCAUUGGUACCAAGAUCAACAAGAACCGCGCUGAUAAUUUGUUCAAAGGCUUCAAGCACUGUUUUGAUGAGUUAGCUUUCGCCAAAAUCGGGUUUUCGACCAAAUCGGGCCAAAACCAAUUGUUCGUGGCCGAAAAUAACAACACUUGGUUUACCAGUUUUGCUACAGGUCGCUCAAGUGUGGAAAGCAUCACGGUGCGUGCCCGUCUGCUUGCACGCUUCAAUCCGCUUUCGAUUUUGAUGGAAAAAUCGUUAGGUCUGUUUAUGCCAAGUCUUUUUGAAUCUGACACAGAGGAAUUUGUAGAUGUUACCAUUAAGGCAAACGGAGUUUAUGUGACUAGUGCCACCGCAGAUCUUCCUAAAUCUCCUAAUGACCCAGCAGCUGUUCUGUCCAAGUUCAAAUUUGUCACCUCUAUCGUGAACAAGUCCGACAUGACCAAAGCUCGCGAAAACAAUUACUACUUGUCACUCACACAUACUUCGGAAAGUGAAAAGUUGCCUUUCCAAUACGUGUUCAUGUCUGAAAACAACCAGUUGAACUCAUUUUUCGACCACUAUGGCGGUCCCGCUUUGAAAACGCUAUUGAGCGAAAGCGCAAAUUUCCUUUCGGUCAUGGCUUUCACGGACCUUCCAGAGGCCAAACCUGUCACUGAAAAAUCUUGGGAGCGCAACCAGCAGCCAAGAUGUGUCCUGAGAUUCAAAGUUGUGACCGCUGAUGCCGACAUCGCCCUUUUGACCAAGCUUGUUACUGCUGCCGUUGGCAUCAUCGAUGCUGCCACGCAGGAUUACGUUCAAAAGCCUACCAAAGCGUUUGUCACCAGUGACAUUUUGAAGAGAUCUGCCAACUUGCGUUCUCAAGAACUGGCCAAGAUUGUUAAGGUGAUGAAGCAGGCCGAGAGGGACCUUUUGCAGGAAAAAAAGCAAGAGCAAGAAAGAGAGAAAAGACGUGAAUCCAGAAACAAAAUCAGUGGGGAAGAACAGGACAAGCACGAACAAAAAAUGCGCGAAAAGAGGGAAAGACGCCAGCGCAACAAGCAGAAAAUGCGUAUGUGA